AUGCAAAGAUAAGGACAGAGUACGGUGAAAGGGAAGCAAGAUGGUGGUAUAAAAGGAAUUCUGACAUUUAGAAAUUUAGUCUUGAUUCGACGUUCGUUCAAGAUACAUUAAAUAUGGCAUCCAAUUCAAGUGUACUUUUGCCAACAGGGCAAGCAAUGCCCAUUCUAGGAUUUGGAACUUGGAAUGCAAGCGGGGAAGAGUUAGAAAUAGCUCUUGAUGCAGCUCUGGAAGCAGGAUAUAGACAUAUUGAUACAGCCACAGCAUAUGAAAACGAGCAUAUCAUUGGAAAUGUUUUACAAAAAUGGUUUGAUUCUGGCAAAAUUAAGCGAUCGGAUUUGUUUAUAGUAACAAAGGUACCUUGUUGUGGCAAUAGGGCAAAAGAUAUAGAAAAGUGGAUCAAAAAGUCACUGAAAAAUUUGAAACUAAAAUAUUUGGAUUUGUAUCUGGUGCAUGUCCCAUUUGCACUUGAAGAUGAUGGAGAAAAUUUAUAUCCAUUUAAUGAAAAUGGAGAAAUAAGAAUGGAUGUAACAGAUCACUUGGAAAUAUGGUCGGCGAUGGAGAGACAAGUGCUGGAAAAGCGUACUAAAGCAAUUGGAUUGUCUAACUUCAAUAUUGGCCAAAUUCAAAAGAUUUUGGAUAUUGCUGAAUUACCUGUUUCAAAUUUGCAGAUUGAACUGCAUGUGUAUUUCCAGCAGAAGGAAUUGGUCAAAUUUUGUCAAGAAAACGAUAUUCGUGUAACUGCAUACUCUCCCUUGGGUUCACGUGGAUUCGUCAAGAAAAUAGGAAAGGAAGAUACAAUAUCAAAUUUGUUGGAAAAUCCUAUUGUGUUAAAAAUUGCAGAAGAGUACAAAAAAACUCCUGCUCAAAUACUAUUAAAACAUAUUGUCCAAAAAGGUAUAAUAACCAUACCAAAAAGCACGACUCCUACAAGAAUCAAAGAGAAUAUCCAGCUAUUUGAUUGGGAACUUCAAGUUGGAGAUAUCGACAAGUUAAAUGCUCUUGACAUGGGAGAAUCUGGGCGUAUAUGUGAUUUUUCCUUUUUUAAAGGUAUUGAAAAACACCCAGAAUAUCCUUUUUAAUAAUAUAUUCUGCUAAAAUCUUAUCUUUUAUAUCUUAU